GCUGCUGCUGCGGCGGCGGCCUCUAGAGCGGUAGUGGAUUCUGCUCAGCUUUAUUAGUUUUCUCCGCCCCCUCCCGUCGGACGCUGUUGUGUGGCUGCCUUAAAAAAAUCAACUUUAUUGUUCCUCAGCCCCACCUCCCGGCUCGGCGCGCGUCCUUAGGAUGCACUGAGGCUGAGGGGAGGGGAGGCGGCGGCGGAUCGCGGUCGCGGUCCCUCUCCUCCGAGCGCCCGGCCGGAGGGGAGGGAGUCACGAUGUCCGGGAGCCGCCAGGCCGGGUCGGGCUCAGCCGGGACCAGCCCUGGAUCCUCGGCGGCCUCCUCGGUGACUUCCGCGUCGUCGUCCUUGUCCUCUUCGCCGUCGCCCCCUUCCGUGGCGGCCUCGGCGGCGGCGCUGGGAUCCGGCGGGGCGGCCCAGGCGGCGGGCUCGGGCGUCCUCGGGGGCCCGGGGCGGCCCGUGUUGGUGGCGGCCGCCGUGUCUGGCAGCGGCGGCGGGGCGGUGUCCGCGGGCCUGUCUCGGCUCAGCUGCGCGGCCAGGCCCAGCGCUGGCGUAGGAGGCGGCAGCUCCAGCCUCGGCGGCGGUAGCCGGAAGCGACCUCUGCUCGCCCCGCUGUGCAACGGGCUCAUCAACUCCUACGAGGACAAAAGCAACGACUUCGUGUGCCCUAUCUGCUUUGAUAUGAUUGAGGAAGCAUACAUGACGAAAUGUGGCCACAGCUUUUGCUACAAGUGUAUUCAUCAGAGUUUGGAAGAUAACAAUAGAUGCCCCAAGUGUAACUAUGUUGUGGAUAAUAUUGACCAUCUGUAUCCUAAUUUCUUGGUGAAUGAGCUCAUUCUCAAACAGAAGCAAAGAUUUGAGGAAAAGAGGUUCAAAUUGGACCACUCAGUGAGUAGCACCAAUGGUCACAGGUGGCAAAUACUUCAGGAUUUGUUGGGAACUGACCAAGAUAACCUUGAUUUGGCCAAUGUCAACCUCAUGUUGGAGUUACUAGUGCAGAAGAAGAAACAACUAGAAGCAGAAUCACACACAGCCCAACUACAGAUCCUAAUGGAAUUCCUCAAGGUUGCAAGAAGAAAUAAAAGAGAGCAAUUGGAACAGAUCCAGAAGGAGCUAAGUGUUUUGGAAGAGGAUAUUAAAAGAGUGGAAGAAAUGAGCGGCUUAUACUCUCCUGUCAGUGAGGAUAGCACAGUGCCUCAAUUUGAAGCUCCUUCUCCAUCACACAGUAGUAUUAUUGAUUCCACAGAAUACAGCCAGCCUCCAGGUUUCAGUGGCAGUUCUCAGACAAAGAAACAGCCUUGGUAUAACAGCACAUUAGCAUCAAGACGAAAACGACUCACUGCUCAUUUUGAAGACUUAGAGCAAUGUUACUUUUCUACAAGGAUGUCUCGUAUCUCAGAUGACAGUCGAACUGCAAGUCAGUUGGAUGAAUUUCAGGAAUGCUUGUCCAAGUUUACUCGGUAUAAUUCAGUACGACCUUUGGCUACAUUGUCAUAUGCUAGCGAUCUCUAUAAUGGUUCCAGCAUAGUCUCUAGUAUUGAAUUUGACCGUGAUUGUGACUAUUUCGCAAUUGCUGGGGUUACAAAGAAGAUUAAAGUCUAUGAAUAUGGAACAGUCAUUCAGGAUGCAGUGGAUAUUCAUUACCCUGAAAAUGAAAUGACCUGCAAUUCCAAAAUCAGCUGUAUCAGUUGGAGUAGUUACCAUAAGAAUCUGUUAGCCAGCAGUGAUUAUGAAGGCACAGUCAUUCUAUGGGAUGGAUUCACAGGACAGAGGUCAAAGGUCUAUCAGGAGCAUGAGAAGAGGUGUUGGAGUGUUGACUUUAAUCUGAUGGAUCCUAAACUCUUGGCUUCAGGUUCUGAUGAUGCAAAAGUGAAGCUGUGGUCUACCAACCUAGACAACUCAGUGGCAAGCAUUGAGGCGAAGGCUAACGUGUGCUGUGUUAAAUUCAGCCCCUCUUCUAGAUACCAUUUGGCUUUCGGCUGUGCAGAUCACUGUGUCCACUACUAUGAUCUUCGUAACACUAAACAGCCAAUCAUGGUAUUCAAGGGACACCGAAAAGCAGUCUCUUACGCAAAGUUUGUGAGUGGUGAGGAAAUUGUCUCUGCCUCAACAGACAGUCAGCUAAAGCUUUGGAAUGUGGGGAAACCGUACUGUCUACGUUCCUUCAAGGGUCAUAUCAAUGAAAAAAACUUUGUAGGCCUCGCUUCCAAUGGAGAUUAUAUAGCUUGUGGAAGCGAGAACAACUCUCUUUACCUGUACUAUAAAGGACUUUCUAAGACUUUACUAACUUUUAAGUUUGAUACAGUCAAAAGUGUUCUGGACAAAGACCGAAAAGAAGAUGAUACAAAUGAAUUUGUUAGUGCUGUGUGCUGGAGGGCACUUCCAGAUGGGGGAGAGGAAGAAGAUGAGGAUGUUCAUGCAGAAGCAGAAAAACUGAAAGGGCAAGUUCAUUUGAAAGUUCUGUGACUGCAGGAUCCUGAGUGAAAAUCAAAUUCAACUGUACACAGACUCCAUGAACAACUUCAUAAAAGAAAAGCCAUUCUAAUUUUUAGGAUGCAGUUUGAAUGCAAUGUUAUUACCCUUCUGUGUCACCCCAGAGAGAGAGAAAAGAAGCAAAAGCCCCUACUUUUGUUUAUAAUCAUGGUAUAAAAAGAGCCUAAAAUAUGUAUGUUUUCUUAUUUGUAGUGACACUGUAGUCAUCACUCCAAAUUACUUUUUUCUGGCAAUGAGAAAACAAUGUAUCUAUAUUUAUAAAAAAGAAUGUCAAGACAAGAAGCUCUAUGGAGAGAAUAUUAAAGAAUUAACAGAUGUAAUGUAGACUGUGAGUUGUUCUUGUUUGAAGACUACCUACCUCAAUUUUUUGUAUUGUUUAAGGAAUAAUACUAAAUUCAGCCAUCUUCCUCACUGUUCUAUGUUCUCCAGGGAGUUGAAUUUGCAGAUACUGUAUAUUGUACAUAGUACAAUUUUCAUCAUAUCAUGUGUUUGUCUGAAGGGCUUAAAUAGGUGCACAGAACUUAGCAGACACUUUAAGAAGAUAAUUCAGUGCUUGUAGGACAAACUGUUGAAUACUGACCACUUUAAUUUUUACUAGCUAUCUCAGCUGUUAUUCUUGCUUUUAUAAACAAAUGUGAACAGUAUUUCCAUGAACUUAUAUUUGCCAUGUGCCUAAUAGUGUUGUAUCACUCAAAAGGGAGACUCAGUCUUAAAGAUCACUUGUCUAGACUCUUUUCCCUCCAACAAAAUCUUCAAGGAAUUUGCCUGCCUUAGUUUUACAACCAUAAAGUUGUUUUGGGGAAGAAAAUGUUUCUGAGUUUUUUGAGAUUGUUGUAUUUUUUAAAUGUCUAAGUGGGGUGGGGGAGGCAUGUGUCAUUUGUAACUUCUGUCUUCAGUUAAUGUUCUGAUUAAGAGCACAGCAAUCAGGUUGCCAGCUUUGCUUCCUGUAGACACUACAUAUUGGCUCUGAGGUGUUCAGUAAGUUACUAACUUUCUGUGUGUUUCAGUUUUAUCUUCUAUGAAAUCAGAAUAAUAGCAUCUUCUGCAUAAUAUUGUGGAAUAAAAUUAGAAAAUAUAAAAGUAUUAAGAUAGGUGGGAAAUUCAAGGUAAAUGAUAAUAAAUGAUUAAUGUUGCUGUCGUCUUCAGCAUUUACUACACUAAUUCACAUAGCUGGACAGCUGCACUUAUUUUUAAUUCAUCAAAUAUUAAUAUUGCAAACACAAAAUAUGCAUUUAGAUAAUUUACAACCUAAUAAACAUAAAUAUUUAUAA